GUGAGGGGGUGGAGAGCUCUCCGGGGAACAUCAGGAACCAAGCAAUCACCUUGGCUGGCUGCCAGCACCUGGGGAACCCGGGAUCCCUGUGCCCUCCAUCCCUCUGCUUGACCCCCACCCCGACACCCCAGUGCAGGCCCCACACCAGCAGCCAGUGGCUUCCGUCCCUGCCUGGAUGCGUCCGGGACCGCCAGGGACAGGGCAGAGAUGGGAGGCCAAGAGGGAGGGGCUGGUGUUGUUCCAGGCCAGCGGGACACCAUACCAGAGUCAGGAGCCACCACGGCUCACGGAGAACCUGGAGUCCCUGGCGGGCCGUGGCCGAGGUCUGUCCUGAUGCAGCUCCUCCUGGUGCUCCUCAUGCUCCCGUUCCUGGGAGAAAGGGGGAGCGGCUUCAGCCCGGAGGCCCGCAUUGUUGGGGGUACAGCGGCUGUGCCUCGGCAGUGGCCCUGGCAGGUCAGCCUGCGUGACCGGGGCCAGCACGUCUGCGGGGGCAGUCUUAUCAGCCACCAGUGGGUGCUGACCGCCGCCCACUGUGUCUCCAGCUCCGCAAGUCUACAGGACCUGAGGGUCCAGCUGGGAGAGGCUGCGCUGUACUCCCGUCCCCGGGGCUCCAUCUUUGUGCCUGUCGUCCGUGCCAUCCAGCACCCCUCCUUCACCGGGGACGCCCUCCAGGGCAGUGACGUGGCUCUCGUGAAGCUGGCACGCCCCGUGCCCUUCUCCAGCACCAUCAGACCCAUCGCCCUGGCUCCACCAGGCUCUGAAUUCCCUGCAGGCUCCCUCUGCUGGGUGACCGGCUGGGGGGACGUCCAGCAGGACGUGGCCCUGUCUGAGCCUCUCAGGCUGCAGGAGGUGGACGUGCGCGUGGUUGGCCUAGACAGCUGUCGCAAGCUCUACUACCCAGAGCCCAUCACCAAGAACAUGCUCUGCGCUGGUGACGUCCAGGGCCAAAAGGGAUUCUGCGAGGGCGACUCCGGGGGCCCCCUGGUCUGUCAGCUGCGGGACAGGCGCUGGGUGCAGGCAGCGGUGGUGAGCUUCAGCAGGGGAUGUGCUGAGCCCGGACUCCCGGGGGUGUAUGCCCGGGUCUCUUCCUACUGGGCCUGGAUCCAGCGCCACCUGCUCCCGCCCGGGCACUUUCGCAGAAACUUCCGCAGAGGCUGACCCCUCUCCUCUCAUCUGUAUUCUUCCACCUGUUUCCCACGUGCCCGAACGCCCCUUCUCCCUUCCGUCCCGCUGGCUUUGCCCCUCGCGCUCAAACACCGCCGCCCGCUGCGCUCGGUGCUCCCGGUCCCCACCCGGUCCCCACCCGCCCCCGAGCGGCCAGCUGACCUCCGGAGCCCAAGUGCCAGCUCUAGCGGAGAGAGAGAAGAGGGUGGGAGGCGGGCAGUCUGCCUGGCACCUGCUGAAGGAUGAAAGCACGAGGGGGGCGUGGGGGCGGCCCGGGGCGGCCACCGCCUGUCCGCGCGGAAUAAAUGCUUGGCUCCCUGCU